ACCACUGCCUCGAAAAUGAGCCUCUCUGGGGAGAGAGAGGAGGAGACCACUGCCUCCAAAAUGACUCAAGACACCAGUUCUAAGAGUGUCCAGAAGCCCAGAGCAGAGUCCCCUACAACCAGCCUGCUAUCAAUGACGAGUGAUCAGCCACCUGCUUUCAGCCAGGAAUCAUUACCAGAUGACAAUAAGGAAGUGGAGAGUUUGGACAGUGAGGAUGCAUUAAAGAUCACACACAACCUUCUGGACAGAAGAAGUCAAACUCUGCUGACAGUCCAACAAGACAUUAAGGCUAAACUGAAACACAAGUAUCAACACAUAUCUGAAGGAAUUGGACACCAUGGAAACCAAAGUCUGUUAAAGGACAUCUACACAGAGCUCUACAUCACAGAGGGUGGAAGUGGAGGGCUCAAAAAUGAACAUGAGGUUAGACAGAUAGAGAUGGCAUCCAAGAAACAAACCACACGAGAGACACCAAUCAAAUGCAACGACAUCUUCAAGCCUUUACCUGGACAAGACAAACCUAUCAGAACUGUGCUGACAAAAGGAAUCGCUGGUGUUGGAAAAACAGUCUCUGUGCAGAAGGUCAUCCUUGACUGGGCAGAGGGAAAAGCAAAUCAGGACGUUCAUUUCAUGUUUCCUCUUCCUUUCCGUGAUCUGAACCUGAAAAAGGACCAAUACAAUCUGAUGCAACUUCUUUCCCACUACUUCCCAGAGCUGAAAGAAAUUGACAGCAUUGAAGAUGGUGAAACCAAAACUGUUUUCAUUUUUGAUGGUCUGGAUGAGUGUCGACUUCCUCUAGACUUCAAAAACAAUGAGAAGUGCUGUGAUGUCACGAAGCCAACCUCAGUGGACGUGCUGCUGACAAACCUCAUCGAGGGGAAUCUGCUUCCCUCUGCUCUCGUCUGGAUAACCUCAAGGCCUGCAGCAGCCAAUCAGAUCCCUCCUGAGUGUGUUGACCAGGUGACAGAGGUACGAGGGUUCAAUGAUCCACAGAAGGAGGAGUAUUUCAGGAAGAAAAUUACAGAUCAGAAUCUGGCCAAUGAAAUCAUCAAACACAUGAAGACAUCAAGGAGCCUCCACAUCAUGUGCCACAUGCCAGUCUUCUGUUGGAUAUCAGCCACUGUCCUUGAGAUGAUACUGAAAGAGGCAGAGAAGGAUGAAGUCCCCAAAACUCUGACCCAGAUGUACUCACACUUCAUACUCAUCCAAACCAUUGUGAAGAACAGGAAGUACAACAAAGCCACAGAGACAAACCCAAAGGAACUGUCUCAGUCAGACAAAGAGAUGAUCCUGAAACUGGCAAAGCUGGCUUUCCAACAGCUACAGAAGGGCAACCUGAUCUUCUAUGAGGAUGACCUGAGAGAGUGUGGCGUUGAUGUCACAGAGGCAUCAGAGUACUCAGCAUUGUGUACAGAGAUCUUUAAAGAAGAAUCUGGGCUGUACCAAGAGAAGGUCUACAGCUUUGUGCAUCUGAGCAUUCAGGAGUUUCUAGCAGCAGUGCAUGCUUUAGAAUCAUGUCUGGACAAGAAGGAAAAUGUUUUCCCCCCCAAAGCAGUCACUAGUGAUGAUGAUGAGGAGGAGGAGAUUGAUGAUAAGCAGGACGAGGAGGAGGAGAACAAUGACGAAGAUGAGGAUGAUGAUGACUACAAUGAUGAAGAGGAGUCAAUCCAGUUGUCUGACUUACACGAGAGCGCGGUGGAGCAGGCCUUGACGAGUCAGAAUGGACACCUGGACCUGUUCCUCCGCUUCCUUCUGGGUCUCUCACUGGAGUCCAAUCAGAAUCUGUUACGAGGCCUUCUGACACAGACAGGAAGUACAACACAGAGCAAUGAGGAAACAGUUGAGAGAACAGUCAGGUACCUUUCAGACAAGAUCGAGGAGGAAUCCUCACCAGAAAGGAUCAUCAACUUGUUCCACUGUCUGAAUGAACUUGGUGCCAACUCUCUAGUUGAAGACAUGCAGACCUCCCUGCGAUCAGGAACUCUUUCAGAAACAGAGCUAAAACCUGACCAAUGUUCAGCCCUGGCCUACCUGUUACUGAUGUCAGAGGAGGUGCUGGAGGAGUUUGACCUGAAGCCAUACAACACAACAAAGGAAGGUUAUCAGAGGUUGCUGCCGGUAGUGAAAACCUGCAAGAGAGCACUACUGGAUCACUGUAAACUCACAUAUGAAUCCUGUGAGACUCUGGCCUCAGCUCUGCAGACACCAAACUCCCCCCUGAGAGAACUGGACCUCAGCUACAAUGACCUGAGAGACAGAGGAGUGGAGCUGCUCUGUGUUGGACUAACCAGUCCACUCUGCAACAUACAGACACUAGUACUAGCUGGCUGUAAAAUCACAUAUGAAUCCUGUGAGACUUUGGCCUCAGCUCUGCAGACACCAAACUCCCCCCUGAGAGAACUGGACCUCAGCUACAAUGACCUGGGAGACAGAGGAGUGGAGCUGCUCUGUGUUGGACUAACCAGUCCACUCUGCAACAUACAGACACUAGUACUAGCUGAAUGUAACCUCACAUAUGAAUCCUGUGAGACUCUGACCUCAGCUCUGCAGACACCAAACUCCCCCCUGAGAGAACUGGACCUCAGCUACAAUGACCUGGGAGACAGAGGAGUGGAGCUGCUCUGUGUUGGACUAACCAGUCCACUCUGCAACAUACAGACACUAGUUCUAGGUCAGUGUGGUCUGACAGAGGGUUGCUGUUCAGAUCUGGCCUCAGUCCUGAGUUCACCCAACUCACAACUGAAACAACUGGAGCUGAGAGACAAUGACCUGCAGGACUCAGGAGUUACACUGCUGUCUGCUGGACUGGAGGAUCCAGACUGUAGACUACACACACUGGGGCUGUCUGGCUGUCUGGUCACAGAGGAGGGCGGUGCUGCUCUGUCUUCAGCUCUGAGGUCAAACCCCUCCCACCUGAAAGAGCUGGACCUGAGCUACAAUCACCCAGGAGACUCUGCAGGGGGACUGCUUUCAGCUGCUCUGGUGGAUCCCACAUAUAAACUGAUGAAGCUGAAUGUGGAUCAUGGUGGCGAUUGCAGGCUGAAAUCAGGGCUGAGGAAAUAUGCCUGUUAUCUCACCCCGGACCCAAAUACAGCACACCCAAACCUGAUACUGUCUGAGGGGAACAGGAAGGUGACACGGGUGAAAGAGAUGCAGCAUUAUGAAGACCAUCCAGACAGAUUUGACUGUCAUCCCCAAGUUCUCUGCAGAGAAGGCUUAUCUGGAUCUCGUUAUUACUGGGAGGUGGAGAGGGAUGGUUACUGGGCUGACAUUGGUGUGGUGUACAAGGGAAUGAAGAGAAAGGGAAGGGAGGAUGACAGUUGGAUUGGAGCCAAUAGGAAGUCCUGGUGUUUAGUCUGCUCUGAUGGCCUCUACUCAUUUUUCCAUGUUGGAGUCAGCAGAAUCAUCUCUGGUCCUGUUUCUAACAGAGUUGGUGUGUAUCUGGACUGGCCAGCUGGUACUUUGUCCUUCUAUAGUGUGUCCUCCUCUGGUACACUGACACACCUUCACACAGAACACACCACAUUCACUGAACCCCUCUAUCCUGGGUUUGGGGUUUACUACUCCUCCUCAGUGACCCUGUGUCAGAUAGAUGACCAACACAUUCAGAGAGACCAUGGUGGAGAGAGUUGUAUCAAUCCUGGACCUGAGGACACCAGAGACCAUGGUGGAGAGAGUUGGAUCAAGCCUGGACCUGAGGACACCAGAGACCAUGGUGGAGAGAGUUGUAUCAAGCCUGGACCUGAGAAAUGGAUUCCUCAGAGCUGUAAGACUUGUGACCAUGUUGAGGACUCCACACACUGGCUUCAGAUUGAACCCUUGACUUCCACUGUCCAGGGAGUGACAAUGUUCAGUCACAGGACACCCAAAGGGAGUUAUGAGUGCACAGUGUCUGGGCUCCGCUGGCUGUGUGAGAGAGAUGUCAUUCUGAAGUAUCACUUCAGGAACUGGGAACCCUACAGUCACCUUCUGAAAGACAUGCAGUACACACAAGGUGGUCCAUUGCUGGACAUCACUAUGGAGUUAGGUGAACUGGAGGAAGUUCAUCUGCCACACUUUGUCUGUUUAGGGACCAACCCUUCCCUGAGGAAUGAGAUGAAGAUUCUUCAUGUAGAGGAACAUGGAGUGUCUUUAGAGGAAGUGCAUGAGGUCACCAGAUUCCAUGCUAAGAUUCUCCAUCCCAAAUUCUCAGCUAUCUCUGUUAUACUGAGAUAUAUAUUUUCUUGGAACUUAGAUGUCCACUGUGAGCUGAUGCUCUAUCUGACAGUGAAAAAGCAAACACUAAUUCCACGCCUAUACCUGUUCCCCAGUAACCCCGGCCAAAUGCAGGCUGUGGAACAACAGGAAUCAAAGUUUCAAGGGUCUUCAAGGAUUCUCAUCUCCAGACCAGAGCAGUCCUUCAAACUGAAUAGUUCCUUCAGACUGAACAUUCCCUGUUCUACCUCCAUCAAUCCACAGAGGAUUCAUCUCAUACAUAGAGACACCACACCAAGCUUUUUCAGGGUGGUUGUGAAAAUGACAGGGAUUGACAUUGAGAUGGAGUUAUUCAGUGAUGAUGAGAGGACAGUAUGGAAAGAAAUUGUAUCACGAGAUGAGUUCAUCACUGACACCCAUUCAACAACAUUAACACUCCCUGGGAUUCCUGCUGAGGAGUUUCUGAAGAAACACAGGGCUGAACUCAUUCAGGGAGUCAAAAACCCAAUGCCAAUAGCAGAUGAUCUGUCGUCAAAGAGCAUGAUUGGCGAUGAAGAGUACUCCAGAAUAAAAGCUGAAACAACUGAACAGGCCCGAAUGAGAGAACUACUGAGAUCAGUCCUCCCUAAAGGACCAGAAGUGACGGGAGCUUGUCUCAAAGCUCUCAUUGAACAUGAACACCAUCUUGUUAAGCACUUGAGUGAAUCUAGCACCUAAUCUGAAGACGCAGAGACCUGUCUCCUAGUCUGUGGACUAAGAUACUUCUUCACCUAAUCUGAAGAUGCUGAGGCCAGUCUCCUAGUCUGUGGACAAAGACACUUCUUCACCUAAUCUGAAGAUGCUGAGGCCAGUCUCCUAGUCUGUGGAAAAAGACACUUCUUCACCUAAUCUGAAGAUGCUGAGGCCUGUCUCCUAGUCUGUGGACAAAGACACUUCUUCACCUAAUCUGAAGAUGCUGAGGCCUGUCUCCUAGUCUGUGGACAAAGACACUUCUUCACCUAAUCUGAAGAUGCUGAGGCCUGUCUCUUAGUCUGUGGACAAAGACACUUAAAUGAUUGUAAGGGAAAUGUUUAUGUUUGUGCUAUUCUUUUAACAAAUGUCUGUGUUUUAUUAAUGUGCUGUUCUAUAAACUAAUUUGUGUGUUCAUCAAGUGGCUGACUGUACAAAUCCUCACUAUCAGUAGCUGUAAUUUGGCAGUAAGCCCAGAUGUUGUUUUGAGAAGGAGAUAUCUCAGUUUCAAGGUCUCAGUUUAGAGAGAAGAAGCCUGGUGAGGUGUCGGUCUGUCAAAUGUUAUGAACCAGUAUUGGUCUGUUAAAUGUUAUGAACCAGUACUGGUCUGUUAAAUGUUAUGAACCAGUAUUGGUCGGUCACAUGAAUGGAACAAAACGGUAAUGAUUCAUUAAUUAU